AUGUCCAGAAACCCCCCUGAUAGCGUCUGUGUGACACCCACGCGCCAUAUUGUCACGGAUGCGCUAGCGGAAUCUACCGUCACUAUGUACUUUAGUGUGUUUCCAUGCAACUGCGAACCGAUAUUUUGCUCUAAUCGCAUACCGCUGCUUCGAGAAGCCCCACCGUACUGUGAUGGUAAUGUAGUUUAUAUUGGACCCGCAAGAGAAGUAGCGCAACAAAAGCUUCAACAACUUGCGUUUCCGCGUGGUUUCGGUUGUAAAAACAUGGAGGUUCGAAGUGGGCCGUCAUAUAGCGCACGGUUCGAGCAGGUGCGUAAGCGCGGUGUGCUGCGGUACCACCGCAUUAAAAUCGCUUCCACCUUUGUCGCCCUCGUGGUUUCGGAAAAUGGGGAACUACGAACAAUUCAGGCGAAGCAUACCGCUGUUGCGGUAGUAAUCACUUGUCCACCCAACACACCUCAUUAUGAUACGUUGCUACAAAACUUCGAUAGCGUUCUGCGUUACGCCUUGCAUGUCUCUCUUGAUUUUGCCAUGUGGGCCACACAAAGGUUUUUCUUAAAGUUGUCACGUACGGCAGCGUUUAAGGAACUGGUGGCUGAGCUUGAGCAGCAUGACAGGGCGCUGGAGACGUACAGCGUCGUUGGGGCUAUUCUGGCCAACGCUUUAACGUACACUUCACCAAUUCCGCGGCUCUACAGCGGUGCAUCCGUGACGGUAGCUUCAAGCGCCUCCGAGCGUCUGCAAUCUUCCUCUCAUGAUCCUGCGGUUUCUCCAGUGCGCAACUCGGGAGUUUUCUCAAGUAAUCCAAAUGUGCUUGUGUACGAAGCUCUCCGCAAACUUCGUGGGAUUAAUGAACGGUUCACGAGCCGGGUCGUGGCAGGUUUUCUAUCCGUGUCAUGUUGGGAGGGUUACGGUCUUUCUUAUCGAAAUGGUACCGGCAUAUGUGUUUGUAACGGUAUCGCUGAGGCGCAACAACAGAAAGGGCAACAACUGAAUCUUUCUGACGGAAGAUCUGUUGGGAAGGCAGCGGGUUUCAAAUGUGACGCCGACGACAUUUACGCUGACUACUGGCGGUUUAUGGAGGAGGAAGAACGGCAACGGGAAAAGGAAGCGCACGAGAGUUUGCGUAACGUUAGUGGGGGGACCAAUUCGGAUGAACAUGAGCCAGGUGGAGGUGAAUCAGAUGUCUGGAAGUCCGAGCCGAACGCUGAUAUUCCCGAAUCGCAAGCGGCUGUUACGGAAGAGCGGAAUUCAUCUCCCCAUGCCACGGAGUCUGCUACGAGCGGUACAUCAGCGCUGUCGUGCCCUCUUUCGCUAUCUCGCGUGGGUCGUGUUGUAAUUUUCUGCACAGACCCUGAAAUAGCAAAAUGCCUUAUGAUAUUGGCCGCUUUUUUCAUGCGUGAUCGCCGCGUCAUCGCAUCAACUACGACACCUGACAUGACACCAUUUGCGGGUCGUGUAGAGUCAUGUGCUCACUCUUCGUUACCUGUGCAGUGGCUGAUGGAAGAUUACAACCCGCGGCGGUUCGAACGGCUUCUUUGUUCACCUUUUACUGUUGAAAACAUCGUUUUGGUCAUUGAUCCCCGCUCUCUGGUUUGCCAACGUCUAAGAGUUCACAAGACAUUCAGUGUUAGCCCUAUUCUUGUGGAACGUUUCGGUGAGAGGCAUCCGGUUGUUCGGCCCUUCCAGAAGUUGCUACUCGGCAAUGUGAGGGUGGCUUCAGAUGCUGUAAUUACCUCUGCGUUGCGUUUGGCGUGCAAGCUACACAAAUUAGGUGACCCUUCGUCCAGCUGCACAAAGUUCCUCGAGUGGUUCGUAGUGUGCUUGGUAGGGCGUUGCCAUGCCAUACGCUUUGAAAAGGGGCUGAACAGUCAACUCAUUAAAGAGGUAUCACCGUCUCCAUCACAGUUCCCUCAUUCUGUUGAUGAACGAAGUCGUAUAGGGAAGGUUGAGUCGCCUUCACGAAUAAAUGACGGGGAUGUCAGUUUCCUGGACCUAAUAAGUAAUGUUUUCGGUAAUGACGGGGCCACGAGUGCUGGGGGACCUCUGCCACACCGCUCGACUCAUGAAAUGAUCGAAUCCAUUUUUAGUGGACCUAAAGAAGGGUCACAGUUACUGCAGUAUUUACCUUAUGAUGAGUAA